GCAUGCCCAAAUUCAGUCUCAUGUGUAGUAUAGAUGUAGUCGGACGAUUUGUCGCAGUAAAAAAUUAUGUUUCUAAACGUUCUACUCUCUACAUUCGGUAUCGCGUUGCGUGGAAUUGACACAAGAUUCAAUUAUGUGGACUCCAACUUUGUCAGCACAUUAAGUGCAUCCCAAACCGAAAUUUUACCUACUCAAUUUCCAGCAGUGACAACACUACCAACACCAACACAAAAAUCACAGAAGCUUGAGGAAAUAACUUCAGUAUCAGGGAAAACAAGUAUACCGCUGCCAGAAACUAAAACAAACCAAACUUGCCAAUCGGGGUACACUGGUACAUUUCCGCAUUGCCAACCAGAAAAAUGUCGACAUCCUACUAUGGGAGUCUAUCCUAAUUGCUUCGUUCCACCAUGCCCGCCUCGAUAUUCAGGAACAUAUCCGGCAUGCAAAAGGCCCACAGAUCAAAUUUGUCCUUUUGGAUCGACGGGCUCGUUUCCCAAUUGUGUAGUGUCCAUACAAAAUUGCCCCGACGGAUCCAUUUGUGACGAUAUGAUUUUAAUACCAUUAUUACAAACGUCAACACAGGCCCCGGUAACACCGACUGAACAUCAACUAACCGAUGGUGAUAAAAAAGAGUGGGAAGACUUUAAACGGAAUUUUAACAAAACACAUACCAAUCAGACUAAUGAAGAACAUCACCGACAAAUUUUCCUUCAAAACCAGGAAAUUGUUAAAGUUCACAAUAAACGCUUCGAACAGGGCUUGGAAACGUACUCGUUGGCCAUAAAUCAAUUCAGUGAUCAGACCUGGGACGAAUUAUUUGGUGUGGAUUCAAUCAAAGAAUUGGACAAUCAUAAGGUAAAUGACAUCCAUACAUCCUACACUGUAACUGAAAGUGUGAAAAACGAAGCGGAAACAGUGAGCAGUGAACGGUGAUAUGGGGGAUAAAAAGAAAAAAUUACAA